AUGAUCUCCCAUAUGGCGGAAGCUAACCCCAACCUUCUCCCCAAUAACGGCGGUGAUCCACCGAACAAGAAGAAUACUACCACUGCCACCGCCGUCGGUGGUUCUAAAGAAGUCAAAAUUGAAGACACCGGCAACAGCAAACCCAAGAAAGGUAACGUUGAAGAGGUGAACAUCUACAAUGUUCUUUGUAUUCGAUUGAACAUUGGAAACGCAAGGGGAUGGAUUAGGAAAAUGAGAGAGCUUAAAAUCAAAUUCAACACCGACAGUGCUCUAACGGAUGAUGUUGAUAAGAAGGAAUUCGAAUUGUGGAAGAAGAUUUGGGGGGAUGAACCAAAGGGCGAUGAUCAUGAUCCAGAUUUUGGUUCAUCUAUGUAA